AGAAGAAGCAGCAGCAGGAGGAGGAGGAGGAGCCCUGUCAUGGCGGCCAAGGUGGCGUUGGUGGCCGUCCCGACGGUGCUGGGAAUAGCCUCCAUCCGUGUUUACACAGUCAGUGAAGCCCCCACCGAUGGCGUCAGAAGAGAAAAGCUGAACAUCUACACACCACUGCCACCACCUGCUCAGGUUAAAUUUCUUCCUGAGAGCCCAGGAGCCAUUGAGAAUGGGUUAACCACAGUCAGAGAGGGCGUGCUACCUGCUUACCAGGCUGUUAAGGGUGCCGGUGUCUCUGUGAAAACAGGAACUAUUAAUCUUUAUCAUGCAGGACAGGAUGUUUUCUAUUACUUGAAAGACCCGCCCCCAGAUUUUCUGCCCAGAUUCGGGACCAUCACCAUGGCUGGCCUGCUUGGCAUGUUCUUGACACGGAAAGGCUCUCAUCUGAAGAAGUUUGCCGUUCCGCUGGGCCUGAUGAGUGCAGGAGCGUCGGUGUGCUACCCGGCUCAGGCAGUGGCGGUGUGUAAGGUGACGGGUAAGAAGCUGUACGCUGCGGGCCAGUGGAGCAGCGCCGCCGUUUCUUCACUGUUUACAUCUAAGGAACCAGCUGCCAAAGACUUGCUUGCUUCUCAGCCACAGUCAGCCCCAGUACCAGGCUCGGCCCCGGACCUCAGCCCCCCCACAGAAACCAAAGCCCAGAGCGCCACAAUCCCAGAGACUGAGGUGGAAUCAGCCGAGUCUGCCCCCGUCUCCGAUGAGCCCGUCAGCGCUGUCAUAACAGAGGAAGAGUCUUCAGCGGCGCUCGCAGAAAUAUCCCCUGACCCCGUUCCCACGGAGACCGGCUCAGGUCCUUCAGAGGGUCCAACGCCUCCUGCCUCCACAGAAGCUGCGAAGCAAACAGCGGAAGAGGCUUCAGCUGAUAUCAGCUCGGCUGAGGCCGCAGGCAGCUCAGAGGCCACAGAGGCUGCCCCUGCCGAAUCUGCCCCCGCCGACGCUGCCCCUGCCGAAUCUGCCCCCGCCGACGCUGCCCCUGCUGAAUCUGCCCCCGCCGACGCUGCCUCUGCCGAAUCUGCCCCUGUUGAAUCCACCCCAGCUGAGACCGGUCCUGCUGACCCUGCUCCCGUUGAAUCUGCCCCCGCUGAAUCCCCCGUUGAAUCUGCCACAGUUGACGCUGCCUCAGCGGAAUCUGCCCCUCCUCCUGAAGAAAGUGCCCCAGAUGCCCCCGAGCAGCCAGCAGGAGCUGAAUCGGCGGAGCCGCUCACGCCUCCUCCCGAGGAAGAGUUGACAGCAGACAAGAGCAAAGAGGGCUCCAGCUUCAAGCCAGACCCGUCUCUGGUGGAUUUCGGCCAGUCCAGCCCGGAGGAUGCAGACUUGUACACCACGAGGAGCUGAGAGACCACCGGAAGGAACGCCUCUCCCACCGCAGCUCUCCCCCAGACCACGAACACUACGCGCCGUCUCAUGCUGGAAAGUGUAAAUAGGCCGACUUGCAAAGCAGACUCAGUUCAGGAGACUUUAAUCAACAUUUCCGUUCUCAUUGUAACUGCCCGCAUCACUUAUUGACCUCUGGGAAUUCCACGUAACUCAGCAUGUUUGCGUAGGAGAGAAAACAAAAAGAAAACGCCCACCGCUCUUCUCCUGCCUUGUUCGAUCUCUAAUGCCAGAUAGUGCAAUUUUCUCUGUUUGUGUCACGUCGGACUGUUACUGGCUGUUUGUGCUGGAGUCACGGAUGCAUGGUGCUUUUAUUUAUUCUAACUGAGCCCGGUAGAGCUGACAGUACCGCACAUGUGCAAGUAACUACACGACAGAUCACACAAACAUUGGUCUCUUUGCUUGUUAAAUAUGGAAAAUAAAUCUAUAUUUUUCAUGAAGUCAUGAUUGGGUCUCUAAGUAUUUACUCUUUAUCCCACUUUCAAUUCCAGGGAACUCAGACAAAGCUCUUCUUCUAAUGUCGUUAAAGAGCAGUUUAAUUAAUGUCCCAGUUAAAGAAGCUCGGAGCUUCUCGCAUUCAUCAUUUAUUAAUCCAAAAGCUGGUGAUGGCUUCCACACAGGAUUAAAUGAGCUGCGUUACAGUUUCUAGUGCUCCGUCUCUAGUGGAAAGUGAAACACCAGAUUGACUAUUAAUAGCAAUCUUUCUGUUGUGGUUACCAACCUGCGGCCCACCAGCCACUACCGUGACGCUUGAGGCUUCGUCUGCAAUGAGACGGUCAGGAUGGCAUUUACACUCGGAAAAAGCAGAAUAAGACACUGUGGAAUCUGGAGCUUCUGCUUUUCUGUGUUUGAGUGGAUGUGUUUGUCUGCGUCGGUGUAAUGAAAAAGAGAUCCACAACCUUUUUUUAUUAUUAUUAUUUUUUGUCCACUUUGACAGCAGUCAGUGAAUCCAGAGGACUGAUAGAUGACUCCACCUGUCUUCUCACGCUGUCGGAAAGAAGGUUUUACUUUCAAAUACUGGAUUUCAACAAGAAUUGUGAGGAUUUCCCACAUGUUACCCACAGGAUGAACACGUGGACUGUGUUUUUUUUAAAUUUGUGCCAAAGUUUGAGUUUAGUCUGGGACGUUCAUGUAAUUCAGAGGAUCAACUGACGACGUUUGACCGGUUUUGGAGAUCCUGGAGAAAUCCUGGUUCCCAGGCUUUGGACAGUUUUUUUUUUAGAGUUGCUUCUCAUAAUCUGUAUUAUUUGGCACCAAACUGCUGAGCUUCAUGGUUCCCAGGUUAAAAUUGUCAAUAUUUGUAAAUACUUCAGAGAUGCUUCCUUUAAAAGGGUUUUUAAAACUUUUUAAGCUUUACAGAAUCAUCUUAUUCUUUUUUUUUUCAGUUUUUCUUAAAACUCAGACCUUUGGGUCCCUGGUGACUCCUGCCACAUUGGAAUAAUCUAAUUUGCUAGUUUAACAGAUCGAUUGAUGUUUUUUUGGUCAUCUCAGGGUGUUUAACCUAUAAGGGAAUCUUCAGCUUGAAAUUUUGUGUCUUUUCUUUGUACUCGUAUAUGAAGAAAACUUUACAACAUC